CAUGAAAUGUGGUCAUGCGAGUUGCUACUUAUAUCUACACUAAAUUCCUGCCUAUUUAUUCUGAACCAAUAAAUUCCAGCCCUUUAUUAAUGGAGUCUUUGUCAGUUGACAUAUAAUAGGGCCAUUUCAAUCUGAUUCAAGGCUUUUGGACAAAUCCCAUCUUCCCUCCCCUCCUGUUCUUAGCCUUCCCUCUUUCUCUGCUCUUGCUAUCUUUCGGCGUGAGUUGGGAUUGAAAUUCUUGCUUAUAAGAGAAAUGGAUGGCUCCUACAAUGAUCGCCUUGAUUUUGGGAAGAUGGGUUACGGAUGCAAGCAUUAUAGGAGAAGAUGCAAGAUUAGAGCUCCUUGCUGUAAUGAGGUCUUUGAUUGUCGUCAUUGCCACAAUGAGUCCACGUUUAAUAAGGAAUUCCAAUGGAGUUUCUUUCAUAUUACAGAAUCUGUUCAAUCUAAGAGGUUCAAUUCAUGUAACUCGUUUGUUACUUGUGUCUGUCUGGAUCAUCAGAGUAUGUUGCGGAAUGUUUUCGACCGUCAUGAAGUGAUCAGAUAUGAUGUGAAGCAAGUUAUCUGUUCAGUUUGUGACACAGAGCAGCCGGUUGCUCAAGUUUGUACAAAUUGUGGCGUCAGAAUGGGAGAAUAUUUUUGUGAAGUUUGCAAAUUCUAUGAUGAUGAUGUUGAUAAAGGGCAAUUCCACUGCGAUGAUUGCGGGAUCUGCAGAGUUGGUGGUCGAGAGAACUUUUUCCACUGCAAUAAAUGUGGCUCUUGCUAUUCAGUUGGUCUUCGUGACAAUCAUUUGUGCGUAGAGAAUUCGAUGCGGCAUCACUGUCCUAUUUGUUAUGAGUAUCUCUUUGACUCUUUGAAAGACACAACUGUUAUGAAAUGUGGGCAUACCAUGCACUGUGAAUGCUACCACGAGAUGAUAGAGCAUGACAAGUAUUGCUGCCCCAUAUGUUCCAGGUCAAUAAUUGACAUGUCCAGAAUCUGGAAGAGAAUAGAUGAGGAGAUUGAAGAGACUGUGAUGCCUGAGGACUACAGACAUAGGAAGGUAUGGAUUUUGUGUAAUGACUGCAAUGACACAACAGAGGUCUUCUUCCAUAUAAUUGGACAGAAAUGCAGCCACUGUCGAUCGUAUAAUACUCGCACAAUUGCACCUCCCGUUCUUCCCCAGUGAUUGGUAAGUGGCAACCCCCAUAGGAGUUUUUUGGCGUCUUCAAUCAGCAUGCCUGCAUGGAAGCCAACCCGACUAUUGAAACCAAAAAUUAAAAAGAAAAAGAAAAAGAGAGACAUUGAACAAUUUGCUUUGUUGCAAAAAAUGACCAAAAGCAAUUGGAGCUUUGGAAACCACUCAAAGCUCAAUUCAAUUCUUCCUCCUGCUCCUACUUAAAUCAACGAAGUGAUGCAAGACUUUUUCAUCUGUUUCUUUUUAUGUACUUGCCAAAAUGAUUGGCACGUGUAUCUGUGCCUUCCAAAUUUUUGCCUGCGUUAUUAGUAGUAAGACGAUGUUAUAAAACUUGAAUUAGAGAUCUCUUAC